AUGAAAGAUUUAUCACACAACUUUCCGUUUCAGGUACUAGGCGGUAUCGCCAACCUUCACACCCAUUUACCAUCAACAAAGAGCAAACUUCAAACAGAACUUCGUUCAUUUGCUAAUUUUAUCACAGUGCUGGCUAUUUGCAUGGCUGUGGCCAUGUUUUUGAUCGGAUGCAUUGUAGCAAAGUUUGAGAACGUUUUGGACCACUUUGUAAUAGGAUUCUUAGUAGUCAUCGUGGCUAAUGUGCCUCAAGGGUUACCAGCUACAGUGAUGUCUCAACUACGGAUUAUAGCUCGUAGAAUGGCUCAGAAGAACGUCUAUAUCAAAAAGCUUGACCUUAUUGAUGAACUAGGAGCAGCUUCAGUGAUUUGUGCAGAUAAAUCAGGAACGUUAACCAUGAAUCAGAUGGUUGUAACAGAUCUAUGGUAUAACGGCAAGAUGAUUGGAGGCGCGGGCGUGAAUUUCAAGCACCCACAUAUUCGCACAAUGAAAUCAGCCGUGAAAAAUAUUAAGAGUGGUGAUCGUUUGGAAGAACCGUUACCUGAUAUUCUUACAGGUAAGUUAGGAUUUUGA